UUUUCUGUCACAAUAAGCUUGAUAUAUAUUGUAGGAAGGUACAAAUGUGGUAAAAGUGACUGGACAGAUUUCUGGUUUGCAAAAAGGUCUGCAUGGUUUUCAUGUUCAUGAAUUUGGUGACAACACUAAUGGUUGCACAAGUGCAGGCGCUCAUUUCAAUCCGUUAGGAAAAGAUCACGGUGGUCCAGAUCAUGAUGUGCGCCAUAUUGGAGAUUUAGGAAACGUGGAAGCCGGUGCUGAUGGUAUCGCAAAAGUUAACAUCACCGAUUCCUUAAUUCAGCUAAGCGGACCAUAUAAUGUUAUUGGACGAACUCUCGUGAUUCACGCUGAUCCUGAUGAUUUGGGCCAAGGUGGCCACGAGCUAUCAAAAACAACUGGCAAUGCUGGUGCUCGUCUCGCCUGUGGUGUCAUUGGUAUCACAAAAUAAAUGUAUUCAUGAUCAAUUGAUGGAUAGAGAGGAUAUGUUAGAGAUAUAUUAUUUUUCUUAUCAUUUCGUUUUUAGCAUAUAGCAUAUCAUGCAAAUCUUUUUUGUUUUUAGAAUAUUACGUACAACUGAAGUUAUCAUAUCUUUCUAACGCGAUAAUGCUAAAAUGUUAAAAUUUGAAUUUAUCUAUGUUACUUAUAAAAUGUGAAAUAAGAUUGGAAAAUAUAUAUAGAUAUAUCUUUUCCUAUUAUUAUUACAUAUAAUUGUAUAUAUAUUGUACGUGUGUACGCGUGUGCGCGCGUACACACACAUAGAAUAUAUAUACAAUUUUAGAUAUCCUAAGCAUCUGCAUUAAUAUUUAUAAAUAUGUAACAUACUUAUAAAUAUAUGCUUUUAAAAAGUUAAUAUAGUUCAAUAGAAACCAAUAUCUCCCAUUUAGUCAGUAUACUAUAAAAGUAUUAUUAAGUAUAAGUAUUAAGUACUAUAUUUAAAUUAUGGUAAGUAUUCGGAAAUACGCCUAUAUUCCACUUUCCAAAUUGAUCUCAAUUAUGAAUCUUAUCUGGCUUUAUCGUGACACCAAUGAUAAUACUUGAACAGAUUGGUGACGUAAUUAUAGGCACAAUAUAAUUUUGGUGAUCGUGGCAAUCGUAAGUCGUCACAAGAUUCGGAAAUAUGUCGCCGAUAAGUCAAGAAAACGAACCGAGAAUUAGUGUUUUUGAUAAUUUCUAUGAAUAUAGUUCGUCUGAAUUCGAUGAAACUGACGAAGAGGGUUCGCAGAAAGAUGUUCCACCAUGGGAUGUAUUUGAAUGCUUUUCUCCACCAGAAAAUGAAUCUAUGGAAAAUAAAUGUUUUGAGAUUAUCAUUUGGAUUUUAAAAUUACUCAUUUAUGGAUUGCUAUUUACUAUUGUAUUAUGCAGUGGUAUCGGAGCUAAAUUAGCUGUUUUAUUUGCCAUUGCACAAUUACAAAAAAAUCAAUCAUUGUCUGAUUGCAAUUGUAAUUUAGAAAUGCGUGGGUACUCGCAGGAUAGUCGCAUACAAUGGACAUGGUGUUUAAUUUUCAUAUUUCUCGUACCGGAAUGCCUCGGAAUGUUAAAUACCUUAUGGCAUUAUUUAUUUAAGAAAAAACUAAAAAUGCCAAAGAAGCAAAACAUUUUCUUCAUGAUCUUGAUGGACACGCUCCAUACAAUUGGUUUAGUAUUGCUAACUUUUGUCAUUCUGCCAGAAAUCGGUUCAGCGCAAGGUGCCGCUAUUUUCUGUUGCUUAUGUUUCAUCCCAGGAUUGUUGAAACUACUUUCACGAAAUAAGGAAAAUUGGAAUGUAUCGACAAGAAAAUUAAGAUUAUUUAAAAUUUUUGACGUAUUGGCAUUGAUCGCUCAAGUCAGCGGGAUAUUAUGGCCCUUGAUCAUUAGUAUCAAAUGUAAUGUCGAUGGGACCUUGAUGUGGGUUUCUCCCAUUGCUCUUAUAUUGUGUUCAAGUCGUUGGUGGAGUAACUUUGUAUCGUCGCACAGCAACGUUGGUCUGAUACGAUUUUAUUUCAUGCGAAAGAAAACCUUCAACCAAGUCAAUAUUUCAUACAAGGAUAUGUAUCCUUUUGGAGGAUAUUUAUUUUUAACAGGUGCUCUUGUCACUAAUAUAUGUGAAGGAAUAGAUGUCAAGAGUUUUUUCACACCAAAAUUUAACUCUACAUCUCUUUAUAUCUUGAUAAUUCAAGCUGUCUGUGCCAUGAUAAUGUAUCAAGCUUGCAAAUUCGCGUACAGAACUCAUAUGCAUCAGUUUGGUUUCGCACUUCCAACAAAUCUCGUUAGUCUGGGAACAAUAUGUUCGAUUAUGACAUUAUGCACUAUCAGGAACAAAACUAUCUAUGCCUUUUUCGACAAUUUUUUCUUUAAGGAAACCUUGUUUGAAAAUUGGAGCGAAUUUUUUUCUAAUUGGUAUAUUUGGUUUUGGUUGACAUGGCUGAUAUCACAAAUAUGGAUCACAAUGCACUUGUGGACCACUGAAAACGAAAGACUAGCAUUAGCGGAAAGAAUCUUCUCCACCAUCACUUAUGAUUCGCUUAUGAUUGAUCAAUGUUUAGCUUUAAAUAAAAAAACGCAGAAUGAAAAUGUUGAUCAAGAUCAUGAGAAGAAAAGCAAAGAUGUUCAAUUUCCAGAUAAUCUAAGAUUAGAAGCUACCGAUAUUAGUUUAGAUAUUGAAAAAAUUGAACAAGAUUUCAAUAGAGAUAAUUUGGAUAUUGCAAUUGAUAAACAUAAAGAUCGAAUCACAAAAAUCUAUGCGUGUGCUACAAUGUGGCACGAAGAAAAAAAUGAGAUGAAUCAUUUAGUGAGUAGUAUUUUGCGAUUGGACAAGGACCAAUGUGCGAUACGCGUUACGCAAAAAUAUUACAAAAUUCAUGUUGAGGAUUAUUAUGAACUGGAAACGCAUAUUUUCUUCGAUGAUGCAUUUUGCUGCAUGCACGGUUGCAUUGACUUGUGCGAUCACGACGAAAACGAGACACAAGUCAAUCAAUACGUGAUUACGUUAGUGGAAACGGUCCAAAAAAGUGUUGAAAACUUGUGCAUGCGUUCGUCACCACCUAUUAAAUACCCAACGCCUUACGGAGGUCGUCUUAUGUGGACGUUGCCGGGAAAAAAAUUGAUAGUUCAUUUGAAGGAUAAAAACAUUAGGCAUAGAAAACGAUGGAGUCAGAAUUACAUAUGUUAUGACAUGAUCUAUUUAUGGCAUGAAUUUGUGCAGCUAUUAGUAGCUGAGAUUAUUAGCCUUAUAUAUGGGCUAGUGAUGGUAGUCGUCCUGGUAGGGAUUAUGUUACAAAUUGCCGAAGAUGGAUGGCUUGCACCUAGUAGCCUUCUCUUUUUCAUCGUCGCAUGUCAGAUGAUACUAGCUGGUCUGUUACACCCUCAAGAAGCCACUUGUCUGUUGUGCGGUGUCAUUUAUUAUAUUACUGUGCCAUCCAUGUACAUGUUGUUAAUUAUUUUUUCCGUUUUUAAUGUGCAUAAUAUUACAUGGGGCACGCGUGAUUCGAAGAAACCGAUUGUCACUCCUCAAGAAGAUCAGAGACCUACAAUCAGCAGUAAUCUAGCUCGGUUUAUGAGUAGAAAAAGAAAUAAGCAAAGCAAGCAAGAAAAAAGUUCAUUGGAGUUUUCUUUAGCAGAUCUUUUCAAAUGCAUGUGUUGCAUACAUUCAGGAAUUAGUUAUGAAGAAAAACGAUUGAUGGAAAUUAACGAGUCUCUACAGCAGAUAAACAAACGUUUGAACUUACUAGAUAGAUUACAUACAGUAAAUAUUGAAGAUAACAAUGUUACCCAAUCAUCUUCUAAUACUAAUAUAUAUCCAAGAUCAUAUUUUUCAAUGGGAGAAAUAAUAGAGGAGGAGAUGCAUGAAGGAAUCGAAUUACAACACAUAACUGAUAAGAAUGAUCAAGAAAAUGUUUAUAAAGACGAUGACGAAAGUGAUUUGACGGAAAUAUCAGCAACCUCAAGUCAAGACCAAUCCAGUUUCCUCAUUAGCCCUUAUUGGCUUCAAGAUGAAAGAAUGCGAAAAGGUAUGGUGGAUUUUCUCUCGAAUGAUGAAGAAGAAUUUUGGAAAGACUUGAUUAGAAAAUAUUUACGACCCAUUGAAAGUGAUGAAGAGAGUCAUAAUAAAAUAACUCAGGAACUGAUGAACUCACGUGAUGCGUAUUUAUUAAGAUUUUUCAUGAUAAAUGCUUUGUUUGUGUUAAUUGUGUUUUUAAUGCAAUUAAACAAAGAUACAUUACAUUUGCAAUGGCCACUUGGAAUAAAAUACAAUAUUACAUUUAAUUCAAAAAGAAUUGAGAUACAUAUAACAAAAGAAUAUUUAAGACUCGAACCUAUUGGAUGUCUAUUUAUCGCCGCAUUUAUCAGCAUAUUGGGCAUUCAAUUUUGCGCUAUGCUAGUUCAUCGAUUCGACACAUUUUCCCAUGUGCUCGCUAAUACAAAACUUCCCUUCUGUACUAAGAUAACUUCUUCGGAAGACAGUGCUUUCGAAAAACACGCUGAUAAAAUAGCAGAAGUACUUCAACGCAUGGCAGAGGAUGACAUGAUUCUUGAACUUAGAAGAAGUACUGUAACUUCUCCGAACAAACAAAAUGCGCAAGAAUCAACAGAAAAUCCACAAAAAUCAUCCAAGAUUUUCGGAAACUUUGAAAAACUGUUUCGACGGAAACUCCGUGAUCCAAAUUCAGGUUUAUUGCAGCACUUGUCUUCACGAAUGCCAAAAAACGCAUUUAAUGCCUUUGAACGGAGGCGAUCAACAAUUUUAGGAAAAAGAAAGACACAAACUCAAAAACCAUAUGAUAUUUAUGAUAAUGCUGAUUUGAGACUUUCAAAUGAUCAAACUCUUCAAUCGAGAGAGAUAACUUCCCGUCAAUGUCACUAUGAUAAUCUAGGAUUUAAACAGGGGAGAAUAAUAACAUGAGAAUAUAUGAUAUAUAAAAUAAUAAACUUAUUCUGCAAUGUAA